GGCGGGGCGCGGCGGGCUUGGGGUGUAGUCCGCAAGCGCGGCGGCGGCGAUAGCUCUGAGGCAUCAUGACGGAGGGCACGUGUCUGCGCCGAAGAGGGGGGCCCUAUAAAACAGAAUCUGCCACUGACCUCAGUCGCUGGCGCCUUAGCAAUGAGGAGGGAAGGCAGAGAUGGAAAUAUUUCCGAGGAGAUGAAGACCCUGGCCGAGCGCAGACUGGACUGGAAGCCCAUUUCUUGGGAUUGGACACAAAGAAUUUCUUCAAGGACUUGCCCAAAGCCCACACAGCACAGGAGGGGGCUCUGAAUGGGAUGAUGUUCUAUGCGGGGCUGCAGGCUGAGGAUGGACACUGGGCGGGUGACUAUGGUGGCCCACUCUUCCUUCUGCCAGGCCUCCUGAUCACGUGCCACGUGGCCCACAUCCCACUGCCGCCAGGAUACAGAGGAGAGAUUGUGCGGUACCUGCGGUCAGUGCAACUUCCAGACGGUGGCUGGGGCCUGCACAUUGAGGACAAGUCUACUGUGCUUGGGACGGCCCUCAGCUAUGUGUCUUUAAGGAUUCUAGGUGUGGGGCCUGACGACCCUGACGUGGUGCGAGCGCGGAACAUCCUUCACAAGAAAGGUGGUGCGACGCUCAUCCCAUCCUGGGGCAAGUUCUGGCUGGCUGUGCUGAACGUGUACAGCUGGGAAGGCCUCAACAGCCUGUUCCCAGAGAUGUGGUGGUGGACUGGACUCCGUGACCGGCCCCUGCCCCCUAGGCUGUUUCCUGAGUGGGCCCCCGCGCACCCCUCCACCAUCUGGUGCCACUGUCGGCAAGUCUACCUUCCCAUGAGCUACUGCUAUGCCACGCGGCUGAGCUGUGCUGCUGAGGACCCGCUGGUGCAGAGCCUGCGGCAGGAGCUGUACCCUGAGGACUUCGCCAGCAUCGACUGGCCAGCACAGAGGAACCACGUGGCACCUGAGGACAUAUACACACCGCACAGUUGGCUGCUCAAUGCCGUGUUCGUGCUGCUCAAUCUGUAUGAGCGCCACCAUAGCACCAGCUUGCGGCAGUGCGCCAUCCAGAAGCUGUACGAGCACAUCGCCGCCGACGACCGUUUCACUAAGAGCAUCAGCAUCGGCCCGAUCUCCAAGACCGUCAACAUGCUGGUGCGGUGGCAUGUGGACGGCGCGGCCUCCCCUGCCUUCCAGGAGCAUGUGGACAGGAUCCCUGACUACCUCUGGCUGGGUCUCGAUGGCAUGAAGAUGCAGGGCACCAACGGCUCACAGGUCUGGGACACCUCGUUUGCCAUCCAAGCCUUCCUGGAGGCUGAUGCGCACCACAGACCUGAGUUCGAAUCCUGCCUACAGCAAGCACACAGGUUCCUCCGUAUCUCACAGAUCCCAGACAAUCCCCCUGACUACCAGAAAUACUACCGCCAGAUGAACAAGGGUGGCUUCCCCUUCAGCACUCGGGACUGUGGUUGGAUUGUCGCCGACUGCACGGCGGAGGGACUGAAGUCAGUGCUCCUCCUGCAGGAGAAGUGUCCCUUUAUCACCGAGCACGUGCCCCUCGAGAGGCUAUACGAUGCCGUGGCUGUGUUGCUGAACAUGAGAAAUCCUGACGGAGGGUUUUCCACCUAUGAGACCAAGCGUGGGGGGCGCUUGCUGGAGCUGCUGAACCCCUCGGAGGUCUUUGGGGACAUCAUGAUCGACUACACGUAUGUGGAGUGCACCUCAGCAGUGAUGCAGGCACUGAAGCAUUUCCACGAGCAGUUCCCAGACCACCGGGUGGCUGAGGUCAGGGAGACCCUCGAGCAGGGCCUGGAGUUCUGUCGGCGGACGCAGAGGGCUGAUGGCUCCUGGGAAGGCUCCUGGGGGGUCUGCUUCACGUAUGGCACCUGGUUUGGGCUGGAAGCGUUUGCCUGCAUGGGGCACAUAUACCAGGACGGGGCGGCCUGUGUGGAGAUCACUCGGGCCUGUGACUUCCUGCUGUCCAGGCAGAUGGAGGACGGCGGCUGGGGUGAGGACUUCGAGUCCUGUGAGCAGCGGCGCUAUGUGCAAAGCGCUGGGUCCCAGAUCCACUGCACGUGCUGGGCCCUGAUGGGGCUGAUGGCCGUCAGGCAUCCUGAUGUCAAGGCCCUGGAGAGGGGAGUUCGGUGUCUGCUUGGAAAACAGCUCCCCAAUGGCGACUGGCCCCAGGAAAACACCUCUGGAGUCUUCAACAAGUCCUGUGCCAUCACCUACACAUCCUACAGGAAUGUCUUCCCCAUCUGGACCCUGGGCCGCUUCUGCCGCGUGUACCCCGAGAAUGCGCUUGCCAGCUCCCACUGAGUAUACCUGCGGGGGACAGGGGACCGCCCUGGCAGAGUCAGCCCCACAUUCUACAUCUGGGAGGGUGGGACUUGGGGGCAGCACUUGGUUCUCAGCACAAGCUCAGUCCUUGUUGGGGAAAGGAGCAGAGGGAAACCCUGAGUCCUCAGCAGGCCCACCUGUCCCAGCACCGGGCUGGUCGACGUGGUACUGUCCUUGCUGUGGGCACAGGCCUAGAGCAUUCUGGGAGAAGGCAGUUGUGCCUGGCGCCUGCCCUGGUGUGGAUGCAGGCCGUGGACCGCCCUUUGAGGCUGCUCGUGUCCUGUAUCCCUCUUCAUGUCCUUGACCCUGUGCCUUCUUUCUAGUGGGGAGAGGGUACCAUGGGCCAUGUAUCUGUUAUACGGUCUCCUGCGCCCCUGCUCAGCAGCCCUCUGGGGAGUGGAGGCCCCUGUUGGCUGAGGCCACCUAGGCCCAGCAAGGAAGGGGGCCAAGUGUCACUGAAACUGUGUGCUGCACAGGGGAGCCAGGGCAGUGCUUCUCCCAUGAUGCAGCCUGGCAGGUUUUCAGGGCCCCCAGCACACCAACCUCUAGGUUGUGCAUUGGUUAUGUUGAGACAAAAAUGCGCCCAGAGACCAGGCCUGACAAGGACAGUGGGGUGGCCAUGGUGUGACCACUGUGGGGCGUUGCUGCAUUCAGGACAGCUGAGCCCUCCCAGCCCAUCCCUCCCCACCCUGGCCCUGCUACGCCGCCCCACCCCAUGUGUGCUCCAGGCAUUGUCUAGGGUGGGGGGUCUUUGAGUCCCUCUGGCUUCUGCACUUGUCUGGGCUCAGGAUGGAAGAGAUAGGUCCUGGCUUUGCCCCUGACCUGAGCAGCGUUGUGGCCUCAAACACUAGCACUUCCCCGGGUGGGGCUGUGAGGGGCUACCAUCAGACCUGGGCCUGGCUCCACCCACUGCUCACCCAUUCGGGUGCCCUCAUCUGCUCCCCCAGUCAGUGGGCCGUCUUCUCCUGCCCUCCCCAGUCCGUGCCAGCUCCCCUGCCCCCACAGUAUAUGUAUGUUUUCUCCCUUGGACCCACUGGCUACGCCUCUGCCCCAGUACGGGUUCAGGGCCUUCCCCAGCAGUUUGCCCUCUGGCCUUCCUCACCCCCAGUCUCCCGAGCCUCCCUGAUCGCCGCCCCCACUGUCCUGGUACUUGCCUCCCUUGGGGUGUUCGCUCAGGCUGCCUCUCUACAGCCCACUCUUGCUGUUCCUGCCUGUGCUCACUCUUCCUUGGACUUGUGGCUCAGACCGUGUACACAGGUGGCCUGUUGGCUCCACACAGGUGUACACAGGUGGCCUGUCUGCUCCACAUAGCGGGUGCCUUGAGUGUGUGUACGCUUCUUGGGCAUUGUGAAACCAGGAUGGUUUUGGCAGAAGGGGUUAUGUCAGGACCUUUGAAGCCUUGGGUUUGCACUUGUACCUCCCCCUGCCCACGCCUCCCCAGCUGGGGCAGCAGGACAGGGAGGGAUGGCCUUCGUUUGCCCUCAGCAUCAGCAGCUGCCGUGACCACAUCACUGUACAAAACACAUUUUCCAGGAAAGAUCAAAUUCACUUUUGUACUGAGACUGCAAAUAAAAAAAUGUUAUCAAAGUCACUGCCAGGACCAGCUACCUUAAUAAACAGACACUUGGUUUCCUCA